GUUUCAGUAUUAUGCGUUCCUCACAACCUCCAACCAUGUCUGAUUCUUCUUCUUCUUCUUUUCCUGCUUCUCCUCCUCCUUCUUCAUCUUCUUCUCCUCUUUGGUUACUAUCCUACAUAAAGCUUCACUUCUUUGCUAGAAUCCGGCGGUUCAUCCGAUCGAAAGCUGCUCGCAAGCGAUGCGCGUCGUCGUCGGGGGGAUUCGAUAUGGCGAGCAUCAGAGGUGUUGAAAACGAAGUAGCACAGGUUUUAGUGAGGGAGGGUGAAAAUGACUCGACCGUGCUACAGAGGUCGGUGAAGAAGCUUCACUUUGGGAGUUGGGAAGAGAAAGAGAAGGCAGCCAAGGAGAUUGCGAGACUUGUCAGAGAAGAAGGGAAGACAAGGAAGUUGAUGGCGCAGCUAGGGGUAAUACCGGCGUUGGUGGCCAUGGUGGCUUCGGAGGUGCCGGGCCGGCGGCGUGCGGCGCUGACGGCUUUGAUUGAGCUCGCUAAUGGAACUUAUACGAACAAGGCGCUUAUCGUUGAAGCAGGAAUCCUAUCCAAACUGCCAAUGAACAUUGAUACUGUAGAUGAAUUAACGAGACGCGAAUUUGCAGAACUGCUCUUAUCAUUAUCUUCUCUUGCCAAUACCCAAUUCCCUCUUGCCUCGUCCGAAAUCCUCCCAUUUAUCUCGAGCAUUCUCCAGUCGGGUUCGAGUUUUGAAACCAAAAAGUCAUGUUUGGGUACUUUAUUCAACCUCUCCACCGUCUUGGACCAUGCAGGACCUCUGGUCUCGUGUGGAUUAUUACACAAUCUGUUGAUGCUCUCCACUACAAAAGAACUUUCAGAGAAAGCCCUUGCAACACUAGGGCACUUGGUGGUGACUUUAAUGGGAAAGAAGGCAAUGGAAAAUAGUCCAAUGGUGCCGGAGAGUUUGAUAGAGAUUUUGACUUGGGAAGAUAAACCCAAGUGCCAAGAAUUAUCAGCUUACAUUUUAAUGAUUUUAGGUCAUCAGAGCUCAGCCCUACGCGAGAAAAUGGCCAAGUCAGGAAUUGUCCAGAUGCUUCUUGAAGUAUCAUUGUUGGGUAGCCCUCUCGCCCAGAAGAGGGCAAUAAAGCUAUUGCAAUGGUUCAAAGAUGAGCGGCAGGCGAAUAUGAGGCCACAUUCCGGACCACAAACAGGAAGGAUUGCAAUUGGUUCGCCCAUAAAUCAGAGAGAGGCUCAAGAAGGGAAGAAAAUGAUGAAGAGUUUAGUAAAGCAAAGUUUGCAUAAGAAUUUGGAAAUGAUAACUCAGCGAGCCAAUGCUGCAGCUGACUCCUUUAAGCUCAAGACCCUUGUGAUCAGCACAAGUUCUAAGAGCUUGCCUUACUAAAAUUAGGUUGACAGUUAUAGUUCAAUUUUUCAGGAUUCUACUGGAGAUGCUAUUCUUUGAAACGGGGAAAAGGGAUGCGAUCUCCUCUCUCCCCACAGAUCAGGGAGUGAAUGAAAUCCUAGCCACAGAGAUGCAUCCCUUGUGCAGCAUGAAUAAUAACAAUUGUAUAUCCAUGGACAGCAAAAGGUGAAAGUUUUCUGAAGAUGGUAGAACAAUAAUCCUUUUCCUAGCUAGGAAUACAUGAAUAAGAAGAGGUAUACACAGAUGUACGUUGUAGAAUCAAUCAUUUAUUUAAAUUUUUU